UUUCAUUUUCAUUUUAUAUGAAAGUUAAAUGUUUCUAAAAAAAUCUACUUACAUAUACAUAUAACAAAAAUUAGGUAAAAAGAUUAUCCUAUUAAAUUAUUAGUCAGUAAGACUAAUUGGUUUAGUAACGGUACUUAAAUGAAUUAAACAUUAUCAAAAAAUAGUUUAAUAGUUUUAUUGACCCGACAAUGGAAGUGAUUCUCUAUUUUAUUUUCAUUAAUGAAAAUUGUGUGAGCUUCCUCCAUCCCUCUACAUAUAGACUACGGUCUUCAUAAAUAAUUUGUAUACAUUUACGACAAUCUCUCUCACUAUCUUUAUAAUCAGGUUUUUCAACUAGAACUAUAUAAUGUGGGAACUUGGAUCUUACACUCGGGAAAUGUGCUCUCCUCUUCUGAAUGCCGAUAGUUCAUUGGAGUGAUUAGUUUCAAAGCUAUGGUUUCCCGAUCCGGUGCCUUCGCCUUGCACCUCUGUGGAGUGUUAUUAGCAAGCAGUUGGGCAAAGCCCAGGCUGCACUUUGGCAUCUGUCAUGCGCUCGAGAAAGGCCAGUGCCGACCAAAAGAAGAGUGCUUGGAGCAGGACGGAUUCGUCCAGGCCAUUGAUUCGUCCCAGGAGUGCUUUGAAAAGGUAUGCUGCAUAAGGAACCAGCUGGCAUACCAGCAAACGAAAGGCGAUUACUGCAACAAUUACCUGAGACCCCAUAUUGCCAAUGGGGAGGCUGCCAAAAUCCGGGAAUUCCCCUGGAUGGCCAUGCUGCUGUACGGAGACCACAUGCUACCCCAGUGCGAGGGCUCCCUGGUCGGGGAUAAGUGGGUCGUAACCGCGGCCCAUUGUGUGCCACGCGAGAAUCACGAGGAGCAACUGCGUCGCGUUCGUCUGGGAGUGUGGGAUGUCCGGCAGACAGAGGAUUGCCGUGGGCCGGACUGCACGCCGCCGCCGCAGGACUUCCAAAUAGAACGGGCCAUAGUGCACGAGAUGUACCGGCCCACAGAGAACACGGGGUCCAACCUGGUGAAGUACUCCAACGACAUUGCCUUGCUGCUUCUCGGCCGAAUCGUUACCUACACGGACUUCAUCCAGCCCAUCUGUCUGCCUAGGGUUUUCAAUUCCUCCCGAAGUGAUGUUUAUGCGGACUACAACCUGACCAUCGCCGGAUGGGGUCGCACUAGCGACGCUUCACCUGCCACCAGUCCCGUGAAGAUCAAGGCCCAAGUCAGUGGCUGGUCCACGGACAGCUGUAAGAGGCUUUAUCAGGAAGUGAGUCAUGGGCAGAUGUGCGCCGGAGGCGGCGCCACCAGGAAGGGCAGCUGCUUCGGCGACUCCGGCGGUCCAGUGAUGGACGGCAACGAGCUAGUGGGCAUCAUCUCGCUGGGUGCGUCUACAUGCGGAUCCGAUCACAAACCGAUGGUCGUCACGCGGGUUGAUACCUUUAUGGUGUGGCUGGCGGAGCACAUGAUGUUCUCACCGCGGCGUUACUUAUAAUCAAAAUAGUUAAAAUAAUAACGUAAGACAUAGAGCUAAGUGCAACCAUUGAAAACAUUAGUAGUACCCUUAACGAAGGCAAUAAUUCGAUUCUUUUUUAUGUCAA